AAGUCGUUUUCUUGUCUGAACACUUAAAAGGGGGUGUGGAUAACUGGUCAAUCUCUGAUUUAUCUCCAGAAAAAAUCUCUAACAUGGAGGCUGAUUGCUAUUGGUGUUUAUCGAAGCUGCUUGAGGGUAUGCAAGACCAUUACACAUUUGCUCAACCAGGAAUUCAGAGGCUUGUGUUUAAAUUGAAGGAAUUGGUUAGGCGGAUUGAUGAACCUGUUUCAAGACACAUGGAGGAGCAAGGGCUGGAAUUUCUGCAAUGUCCUUUCCGCUGGUUCAACAGUCUUCUAAUACGCGAGAUGCCUUUCCAUCUUGUUACUCGCCUGUGGGACACAUGUUGA